GGUGUUUGCGUGCUCAGACAUGGGAAAUAAACAGACCACCUUUACAGCGCAGCAGCUUGAUGCUUAUCAGGACUGUACAUAUUUUACAAGAAAGGAAAUUCUCAGACUGUUCUAUCGGUAUCGGGAUUUGGCACCGCAGCUCGUUCCCCUUGACUACACCAACCACCCAGAUGUGAAGUUACCAUAUGAACUGAUUGGCAGCAUGCCAGAGCUGAAGGACAAUCCAUUUCGUCAGAGGAUCGCUGAGGUUUUCUCCGAGGACGGAGAAGGAAACAUGACUUUGGACGACUUCUUGGACAUGUUCUCAGUCCUGAGUGAGAUGGCCCCGCGUGACCUCAAGGCCUACUACGCUUUCAAGAUUUAUGAUUUCAACAAUGACGACUUCAUCUGCAAGUCUGACUUGGAGAAGACGCUCAACAAGCUGACACGUAACGAGCUGACAGAGGACGAGGUGAGGAUGGUGUGUGAGAAGGUGAUAGAUGAAGCCGACCUGGACAAUGACGGACGUCUGUCACUGGAGGACUUCCAGCACAUGAUAGUCCGAGCCCCAGACUUCCUCAGCACCUUCCACAUAAGGAUAUAAGGAAAUAAAGCAAUGUGCCUUUCUUAAUUAGAAGAGCACCUAAGGAUGGACUUAUAAUAACAAACUGUCUGGGAAGUGGAAGAAUCCUGAUGUCUCAGCUAAAAAACAACAGUUGCAUACAGUAUAAUGAACGUCUUGUCAUGGGAACAUUAACAUUUCUGCUCAUCUGUAUUUUGUAAAAACAAAACCUCUUCUUCCAAGUUUAUCAGACUUUGACAUUUAUCACCCAGAAUUAUCUUGUCUCUAAUGGGAACAUUUCUGUUGACAGCUUGGAUUUGUUUAACUUGUAAUAAAAUCACAAAAAGACCCAACAUUUCGACGGAGCAUUACUCCAUAACCGGCCCACAUCCGAUUUGUCUUCUAUCGUGGCAGCUGCAGAAAUAACACAGGUCACACUGCAGC